AUGGUUCCCAUGGCCACAUCAAUGAGGAUGGAGAAGAGCCAAAGUCAUAUGAUUGACAGGAUAUUAGACCUCACCCUGGAGAUCAUCUGCCUGCUGACCGGAGAGGAUUAUAAAGUAGUGAAUAAAGUAUCUGGUGAUCCAUUAACACCCAGCAGCCGUGUUCAUGGAACGUCACCCAUCACAGUGCCUCCACCUCACUGCCUGACAACAGAGGGAACCAGUGCCAAGAAGAUUCUAGAAGUCACCAAGAAGAUGAUAGAGCUGCUGACAGGAGAGGUUCCUAUAAGGUGUCAGGAUGUCACUGUCUAUUUCUCCAUGGAGGAGUGGGAGUAU